AGAAGAAGUGGUAUUUGUUAAUAUAGGAUUAAUAUCUUGUUCUUUACCUAAAUCUGGUGAUUAUUUGAUACAAGUUACUAAUACUGGUAAAGAUUGGAGUCAAUCAGCUAUAUUCUUAACACGGGACAGAGACUGUUUUAUCUGUGAUUCACAAAAUGGAACCUGCAAACAAAGGAGUAAUGCAUGUGUAAUAGAAAACAAAUGUUAUUUUGAGUACACCUACAAACCAGAUAAUUUCUCUUUGAUCUGUGAUCCAACUAAAGAUCUUCAACAGUGGACUUUAAAAAGCUCUCUUUGUGCAAGAAGUACUGGAGUAUGGAAUGAUACUGCUGCUAUGGCUAUUGGUUUCCACAAUCAUAAAACACUGUUAGAUGUAUCUGAUCUCGACACUUGUAAAAAUUUAUGUGUUAAUGAAACCAAAUUUGCCUGUCAAUCAUCGGAUUACGAUUCAACCACCAAGGAUUGUCAUCUUUCCAAAUAUCGACGAACAGACGUACAGAAAUAUUACUCCACAUUUGGUGACAGUUUCACAAAUUCUGAGUGGUAUUGUGAUGCAGAUCAUUGCCAAGGUUCUAAGAUUGAAUGGAAAAUGGAAUCCAAUAUGGCUGUUAAUAAUUCAAAGUAUACCAUUAUAUCUGAUAUAUGGUCAUCUGAUGCUUGUAGAACACGAUGUCUAACGGAGAUAACUUGUAAUUAUAUAUUACAUAAUACUGAGAGAGGUCUGUGUUUAUGGUCAACAGAUAUAGUUACAGAGGAAACUGGUCUGGUGUCGGCUCCAGGAUGGACCUAUCACAGGAUAGAAUGUGCACAAGGUUCUCCUAGUGAUCGUAAUGGACCCGAAGUACCAAUGGCUACAGUAAUACCCACAUUUGUCGGUGCAGACGGUAAUGAUACAUUUGAGUGUAAAUUUGAUGAGAUAACUGAUGAAGAAAAGAAGUUGCGAUUUGAUAUUCUAUGGAAGGUUGAUGGUGUAUGGAUCUAUGAAGAUUUACCAGAUGAUAAUGUUACAGAAUCCUUUCUACCUCAUUCUUACGCUCAACAAGUGACAGCUGGGACACAAAUAACAUGUGCAGUAAGUGUUUGCUAUGAUGAAGCAUGUGAAGAUUCCAGGGGUAAACUGUCUGUUUCACAAACAUAUACAGUUGAAUUAACAGUAUCUAAAAAUGGCGAUCUGACCUUAAUUGAAGGUGAACCAGGGGAAAUGAUUCAGAUCCAUGCCACAGCUCCACCAUACGUAUUAUGCCGUAACAAAUCUGUCACAGACCAAGCUAUGUGUGAAAUAGCAAUCAUGGUUGAAGCUGUUGAUGAUGACAAACUCACCUGUCCAAAUGGCGAUGACUUGCCUCAGACAUCUAUAAGAAUUACUGAAGAUGGAGAAAAAGAAUUGUCCAUCUGUCAUUUAGUUAUAACCAACGAGAAUUGGAAGAGAAAAUAUGAACUGAAUGUAAAAGCCACAACGGAUAAUAAAUAUGACGGAGAUAAAACCGGUAGUCUGACAGUAUUGGCAGAAUAUAGAGUAAAUGGUGCAACACAAGUAACUGAUACCAUCCUCAGCAGCAAGUUAUCUAUUAUGGAUAAUGAUAGAAGUGCUCUAUGUAUGUCAGUUAAUGAUCCUCAUAUAUCAACAUUCGAUGGCAUAUAUUAUAAUAACUAUUAUCAGGGUGAAUUUGUAUUAUACAAACACAAAACAUUACCUUACUCGGUAAAUGUAUUUUAUCGUAGUUGCGAUGGUCGUGUAUCAUGUAAUUGUGCUGUAGCUGUAAGAGUUGAUGAUGAUGUAGUAGUUAUAGAUAAAUGUGGACCGAAGAUAGAAAAUACAAUAGGGUUUUAUCCUAUCACCGUCACACUAUAUCGUAAUGGACUUCUUACACCAGGAUUUGAAAUAUACAGUGAGUUUGGUGGCAGAGAAUAUAGGCUUGUAUUACCAUCUGGUACCACGGUGUAUGUAGGGAGAAGUGUUAUCCGUGGUUACAACUAUAUUAAUGUUUGGUUGAAAGCUUCAGCAGCAGACUUCAAACAAACAGAAGGUCUAUGUGGUACAUUUGAUGAUAAUACUAGUAAUGAUUUUAUGAUGUCCGAUGGUACUCUCUUUAAUGCAUCAAAUAAUCAACCAAAUGCUUUCUCAAAAAGUUGGAGAGUUGAUUUAAAAGAUAGUUUAUAUACUGGAGUUUGUCCUACAGUAGAUUCACCACCAACACCAACAGUUAAAGACACAUAUUGUUAUUGUCAAAAAGCUACCAAUGAUUCAUGUCAACCAGGCAAUGAUAUAAAAAUAUGUCCCUUUGAAAAAAUUGGUGUAAAUAUUAAAUCCCGUAUGUUAAGAGAUUCUCUGUUUCCAACCAAGUGUAUAAAAGAUAACCUGGGCCAACCGUAUCCUGAUUUUGAAUACGAUGAGAACGCUGAACCUGAGUUAAUAUCAUUUCCAACUGCAAGUGGUUUAUCUGAGAAAGAUGUACGGGGGAUGUGUACAUAUACAUUGAGUUUUACAGACUCUAUAAAACCGUGUGUAUCUGUACCAGAUGUUGAUAGUAAAUUUGCACACGAAUCUUGUGUCGAAGAUUUAAAGAUAACCAGUGAUAUUGUGUGGCAAAAAGUAGCUAAAGAGAAUGUAAAAGUACAGUGUGAAAUACAGUUAAACUGGAAUAUAAGUCUGUGGGUAGAUAAUGGUAAUAAUACUAUAGCACCACCUGAAAAUAUAUUAGAUAAUUUAUGUCUUGCUGAAUGUGGUGGCGCCGGUGAUUGUGUCAAAGGUAAAUGUAUGUGUCAGAAAGGAUAUACAGGGCCAGACUGUUUUUUGAAUGAAGAUGAGGCACCAAGUCUGUUUUUCCUGGGAAAUGGUGGAAUAUGUGAUUUACAGAAUAAUCCAUGUGAUGAAGUUUAUGUUUUUAAUAACAAUACUGUGGAAUCAGAUGUGCUUUUCUGUCAUUUCUACAAAGUUGAGACAAAUGCAACAGGUUAUAGUAUAGUUGGUGGAGAAGAGUUACGACAAGCUGAAUACAUAUCUGUCAAUCAACUCAUCUGUCCAUUACCAGAGAAAAGUAGUUACAGUAUACGUAUUAGUAAUAAUAAAACUAUACUCAGUGCACCAGCUUUAUUACUAGUCUACGAUUCUCUAUGUUAUAACUGUAAUAUCACAGAGGGCUCAUGUCAACUAAAGAAUACAGCAUGCCUCAUCGAGAAACGUUGCUAUGAAGCUGGUGAAUUUAAUCCUGUCAAUUCUAGAGAGUUCUGUGAUCCUGUUAUUAAUUCAAGUAUUUGGCAAAUGGCUAAUGAUUCAUGUGAAACCCUUGAUCUCAUGUGGUUAAGCCAAAUGAACCAUUACCUCCAGGAUUCUGUACAAAGUGUUCAAACAGUGGAAGUAUCUGAUUGUCGAAUGGCUUGUUUAGAUCAGACUAACGAUGCCUGCUUGUCUUUUAAUCAUGAUAAUACUAAUAACAACUGUACAUUAAAUUCUGAAACCAAACAUACCAAACCUGGAAGUUAUAUGACAGACAAUGAAAACAAACUAUCUUAUGAAGAAUGGAUUUGUGAAAACAAUCCAUGCAGUACGAGAGGUAUAACAUGGAACAGACGACCAGGGUAUGCUAUACUAGGUUUAGCCAUGAAAACAACCAAACAGAUUUCUUCAUUAACAGCCUGUCGUAAUUUGUGUCUUAGAGAAACAGGAUUCUUGUGUAGAUCAUACCAGUUGUAUGGUUCGUCUAAAACAUGUUCAUUGUUUAAUGUUACUAUGAUGGAAGCUGGAAAUAAAUUUGUUAAGUGGCCAGGAAAUAUUUUUGAAGAAUGGGCAUGUGCUAAAGGUGCUGAUCUUCCAAUACUCUCCAAAAACCCUGAAGUUAAUGUUGAACCAGAACCUACCCAAACCAAGUAUACAUUGUCUUGUGAGUUUGCUGCGAUUGUAUCAGAUAAAAUGGUAAACUAUACAGUCGAGUGGUUUAUAAAUAACCAUAUUGUACAAGAAGAUGUAAUAACAUUAAUGUCCGGUGAAGAAACAGGAAAAUUAUAUAUGGAUUCAUCUCUCUUAACUGGUUUACAAUAUGGUAUGAAGUUAUCAUGUGGAGUCAGUGCUUGUGUAGUAAUGAAUGAAGCCUGUAUCAAUGGUGCCUUUAGGAGAAGUAACAUCAGAGAACUUAAAAUAGAGUUUGAAAAUGACAUGGACAUUGAACUAAUAGAAGGUGAUGAUGGGGAAGAAUUAGAGAUAACAUCUAAUAUGCCACCAUCUUUUCUCUGUAACUCAACUACUAAUGAUAACGAUUGUAGUUUUGUUAUUAUGGCCCAAUUAGGAGCAGACGACAAUGAUACUGUUUGUCCUAAUGGCGGUGGUAUCAUCAAUCAAGCUGUUCUAGGAUUUAAAUCAUUCUGUGGAUUAAGAAUAACGGCAGAAAAUUGGAUGCAAAAACACAAGAUUCCACUAAAAGCCAAAGUCGAUUCCAUAUACGAUGGAAAUAGAAAACGAGAAUUGAGUUUUAACUUCCAACUACUUCUAGCAGAAACAGAACUUUUCAGUACAAGUCUGCAGACAUUCCAGUUGAGCAUCAUUGAUAAAGAUAGACCUGCUAUUUGUUCAUCUGUCAAUGGACCACAUCUUACAACAUUUGACGGCAGAUAUUUUGAUAUUUUCUCAGAAGGAGAAUUUGUUCUGUAUAAACAUACAACAAUGCCAUUACAGGUUCGUACAUAUUAUCGUUCCUGCUUGAAAAAUGGCAUCUGCAACUGUGCUGUGUCUGUUCAAUCAGGUGAUGAUGUCAUCAUAAUUGAUAGAUGUGGAGCUAACCAGAAGACACCUAAAAAUUAUCCACUACACACACAGAUGAUACUGAAUGGCAAAUUGACACCUGGUACGAAAGUCAUGAGAUUGGGUGAUGGACUCAAAUACAAGAUUGUAUUACCAACUGGAACAGUCGUUACUGUACGAAUAGGUCAAGGUGUUACAUCACAAUAUCUUAAUGUAUGGAUUCGACCAUCUGCUUACGAUCUGACCAGAACACAAGGUUUAUGUGGAGAUGAUAUAACAGAUCUAUUAGUAAAGAGAUCUAAAACAGCAGUAUGUGAUAAAACAGCACUACAAUUUGAUUAUAAUGAAGACUUCCAGUUACAGGAACGAGAUUGGCCAACAUUGUCCGGUUUAACUAAAGAUAAUGCUACAGAAUAUUGUACCAAGCUAUUGACAGAGUCUAAACCAGCCAAUAUGUGUUCUACAGUACCUGAUCUACAGAUGGAUUUAAUGCUUAAAUCUUGUGUUUCUGAUAUCAGGAUGAAUAAUAAUAUGGAUUGGGCUAUUACUUAUAUAACUAGUGUAUUAGAACGAUGUGUUAUAGAAUUAUAUAGUAAUAUAAACAUGUGGGUAACUAUUGAUGAUGUACAAGUACCUGAUCCAGCUAUACUAGAUAUUAUCUGUUUUAAUGAUUGUUCUAACAAUGGUACUUGUAACAAAGACUUCCCAUAUCUACAGACAACACCUAAUAUAAGUAUAGUAUCUAGUGAUGAUGAGUUUAAGUUUAUCUGUGAAUUCCAACUACCCAACUUAUCUGAUGUCAAAUAUUACAUAGAAUGGUUUCAUGACAAUGUUAUUAAAACAAUUGAUCUAGUUGGUAAUGAAACACAAGUGGAAUUAGACAUUGGAGAUGUUCAGAACAUCACAUAUGGAUCAAAGAUUGAGUGUGGACUAAAAGCAUGUUAUGUCAGUAACUGUAAUGCUUCCAUGAGUCAACCAAAGAAAAGUAAACCAUUUGUUGCUGAAGUGAAGGUUCUUACUGAAAAACUGACUGUCGUAGAAGGAAAAGAACCCGGCUUUAUACAAGCACAGUUAACAGUUCCUUCUAAAUAUCUCUGUUAUGGUACAGAGACGUGUGGUAUUAACCUGAAUGUCAAUUUACCAGAAGACGAGGAUGAAUAUGCCUGUUCAUCGACUACUAACUAUUAUCAGACGGUCUUUGUUUCUACUGAAAAAACACCAACAUGUCAGAUAUCAGUAACAGGAUCAGAAGACAUCAUACAAAUACCUAUUAAAGCUGUUGUGGAUGGCCUGGUUGAUGGUGAAGUUGAGCGCAAAGUAGAAAUUACCACAACUGUCAUGUCUGGUGAAGUCAUACAAUUUAAUGGAACCAUAUCAACAUCUAUGGUAACAAUAGAAGAUAGAGAUACAACAGCUUUAUGUGGUUCUAUCAAUGAUCCUCAUAUAACAACAUUUGAUGGAAUAACAUAUGAUAUAUUUAGAGAAGGAGAGUUUAUAUUAUAUAAACAUGAUGUUCUACCUUAUGAGGUACAUGCAUUCUAUAGACGUUGUGGUAAGAAAGCUGCAUGUAAUUGUGCUGUAACUGUUAAGUCUGGUAAUGAUGUCAUAUUAGUUGAUAGAUGUAGUUCUCGUUUGGGAUCCUCACGUUCACCAACAACUAUAACUAUAUACAAGAACGGUGAACUUACACAAGGAACAAAGAUCUUCAGAUACUCAGAAGGAAAGAAAAUUAAGAUUCAACUACCUGGUGGUACAGCUAUCAAUAUUAAACCCGAGACAAGAAAAAAGAUAGGUUAUAUCAAUAUCUGGAUUCAAGCUUCAUCUAAUGAUUACAAUCAAACCCAUGGAUUAUGUGGUACAUUUGAUGGAGAUGAAGAUAAUGACCUAACAUUACCUGAUGGUACCAUAUAUACAGGCAAAGAAAAAGAACCAUAUGGUUUCUCUUUGAAAUGGAGAGUUGAUGUGAAAGACAGCCAUUAUUCUGGUAUUUGUGUAGAUACAGUAGAGGAAGACAGUAAACCAGUGAUGUAUUGUAGAUGUCUACCAACUGGAGCACAAUGUUCACCUGUUAAUCAUAUAGCAACAUGUUCUGGUGAAGAUGACAAGAAACGUUACACAGAUGGUACUGAUGUGACAAAUCUAUAUCUAGAAGAAGCUAGGGAACCAAUAGGUUGUACUGACGAUGUCACUAAGAUAGAAUUUGAAUAUGAUGUUGACUAUGUAUCACCUCCAUCAGUAUGGCCAACUCCAUCUGGUAUAACAGAAGAUGAAGCUCAAGAGAUAUGUUAUUCUUAUAUAUUUAGUAAAGAAAUGUUGGAUGAUAAAUCAUGGGCUGAGACAGCAUUAGAUAAUUUUGUAGAGAAUUGUUUAUCAGUAUACAGUAGAGAUGUUACUCUGUUUAUAAGAGGUAGGGUAUCAGAAGUUGUAGAAGAAAUCUGUCCUAAUCUCUGUAGUGGAAAUGGUUUUUGUCGCAGCAGUACCUGUGAGUGUAAUGAUGGGUUUGUUGGAGAUGAUUGCUCUGUUAAUGUAACUGUAGCACCAGUAUUAGACAUGUUCCGACCAGGAUUAGGCUGUGAUUUAAAGGACAAUGAUUGUAUGAGUUUUGGUAUUAUUGGUGGACCGUUUGUUAAAUCAGACAACUUAACUUGUAAAGUUGAGAAACAAGAGUAUGCUGGGAAGUAUGAUUAUGUAUCAACAGGAGUAGUGACUAUAACACAAGCUGUAUUUUAUACCUAUGAAUAUAUUGUAUGUAAAUUACCUAGUAGAGGAUCAUAUACCAUCAGUAUAUCUAAUGAUGGUAUAUUAUAUAGUCUUCAACAAUCUCUUAAAGUCUAUGAUACCAGAUGCUUUGAAUGUUCCGAUGAUGGUUGUCAAUUAAUGCCAAGAUUUUGUUAUAUUGCUGAUAGUUGUUAUAAAAUUGGUGAUACCAACGAAGAUGAUAAAACUUUACUGUGUGAUCCAAGUCGUAACAUUACAUCGUGGACAAGUCGACUAAGGUUUGCUGAUAUUGGUGUGGUGCCAACAUUAUCGACUAGUUAUAAUAAGAACGAGUCUAUAUUUAACUUUGAUUGUGAUUGGUCUAACUAUGUAGAUAAUGAUACAACUCUAACUAUAUAUACACAGUGGUUUGUUGAUGAUGUACUAGUAACAGAAGUUGAAAUAGAAAGAAAUAUCACCAUGAAUACUGUAUCACAUACUACAUUAGAUUCUUACCUUAACUAUGGUUCUAGAGUAUUUUGUGGUUUAGUUGUAUGUAGUACAUCAGAUUGUAAUAAUACUAGAAGCCCUUUUGUUAAAAGUCCAGAAAUCACCAUUCAAGUAGAGGUCAUCACCAAAUCAAGUUUGGUACUUAAAGAAGGAGAUGAUGGUAAAGUAUUCCGAAUUAAGUCCACCUUCCCACCAUUUGUUUUGUGUAAUGACACAGACUGUUCCAUUCCAUUAAACUACCAUAUUCCACAAACAGAACAAGACAUCAAAUGUCCUGGUUCAGAUUUCAUCAUUCCUCAAGCUGUUAUAGAAUUAGUAGAUGCAGACGACAGUAAGCCAUCUUGUGGAUUGACUCUAACUAAAGAGAAUUGGAUGAAUGAGUUUACAGUAUCUGUUCGUGCUACAGUUGAUUUGAAGAAAGACAAGAAUCAGAAACGUAAAGUAAUGAUCAAUACCAACAUACCACAUCGUACUACUAUCGGAAAGAUGACAACUUAUGAAAUUGGCAAAAUAGAGUUGGAAAUUGAAGAUGGAGAUAAAGGGGCUUUAUGUAAAUCUAUCAAUGAUCCACAUAUUACAACAUUUGAUGGAAGAUACUAUAAUAAUUUCUUUGUUGGAGAAUUUGUUCUCUACAGACAUACAACAUUUGAUUAUGCGGUUCAUGCAUUCUAUAGAGAAUGUAGUAAUAGUAAGAGAAAGAGAUCAGCAUCAUGUAAUUGUGCUGUAGCUGUAAGAGUUGAUGAUGAUGUAGUAGUUAUAGAUAAAUGUGGACCUAAAGAUGAUUAUAGUAGAAAAUAUCCUGUAACAGUUAAUAUGUAUAAAAAUGGAGAUCUUACACCAGGAUUUAAGAUAAUCCAAUAUAACCACGGAAAGAAAUAUUCUAUAAUGUUACCUGGUGGUACAACUGUUACAGUACGAGUUGGUAGAAGAAAUAUUAAUGUCUUUAUACAAGCAUCUACUAUAGAUUAUAAACAUACUGAAGGAUUGUGUGGAACAUUUGAUGAUGAUAAAUCAAACGAUUUUCUUACACCAGACGGAGAAUAUCUAGAACUUAAAGGAAAAUAUCCUGAUACAUUCUCACAGACCUGGAGAGUCAGUCUAAUGAAUUCACUAUAUAGAGGAGUAUGUGCCAGAACUGUAGAAGCUGUUACUAAGACAAAGACUUUCUGUUCAUGUGGUGCUGAAAAUGCUAUAAGUUGUGGUGCUGAUGGUUAUGUUUCUGCUUGUUUUGAGGAACUUGGUAAAAGACGAAAGGGGAUUGAUAUAACAACUCGUCUGAUGGAAUCAGCCAUGAAACCUGGUGAUGAUUGUGAUGAAAUACCAAAUGAAAUCUUUGAAUAUAAUCUGACAGCUACUCCACAGAUACCAACAUGGCCGACACCAGGAGGAUGGACGUUACAAUCAGCAACUGAAUAUUGUAGAAAGUUUAUAUUGGAGAGUGAAACUGGUUCUUUAUGUACAAGUAAAAUACCUAGCCUAGAUAGUACUACAACUAUAUCAGGAUGUGUUGAAGAUAUUCAGGUACUAGAUGACACGUCGUUUGCUGAAACGGCUCUAGCUACCUUAAAUCAACAAUGUAUCAUAGUCAUUGAAUUUGAUAUCACAUUCUGGGUGGUGAUUGAAGGACAAGUGACAAUAUUUCCAGAGAUAGAUAAUUUCUUGUGUCCUGAAAAUUGUAAUGAUCAAGGAACUUGUAGAAAUGGUAUUUGUUUGUGUAAUAGAGGUUAUGCAGGAGAUGAUUGUUCUGUAGAUGUAAAUCAACCACCAACUAUUUAUUCUACACUCACCCCAUUUCACUGUGAUAAGAAAGCUAGAAACUGUGGUACUACAGUUUAUAUCUAUGGUGAAAACUUCUACGAGUCUGAUAAAUUAAUCUGUGCUACUAAACAAAUACAGUUUUCGAGCAAUGGAAUAGAAAUAUCAACAACAAUAGUUAAAGUUACAGCAACAUUUAUUAAUAUAAACACUGUAUCAUGUACUCUACCAACUGAAUCCAGUUAUUCUGUCAGUAUCAGUAAUAAUGGUGUUACAUUUGGAAUGUAUGUUAAUAUAUUUAUUAUCAACACUGACUGUGUUACAUGUUCAAAUGAUGGAUGUCAGAUUAUGACCGAUACAUGUUAUAUUAAUGGAGUGUGUUAUGGAGUAAAUGAUGUUAAACCUGGUGAAGCUGAAAUGUUCUGUAUACCAUCUGUUAGUAAAUCAGAAUUCUCACAAAAAACUUCCUAUCCAAAUGUGAAAACACCUAUGUUGAGUGUUGUCAAUCAUGAAGAAAGUCCUUACCAGACACUAAAUUGUGAGUUUGAACGUAAAGAAACACUUGAUAUACAAUAUACAGUGGUAUGGUAUACAUCACAAGAAACUAUAAUAGAUGAAGGUCCUUUUACUGAGACAAACGUCAGCAUAGCAACUGUUGAAACCUUUUCUAACUUCAGUCUAGGUGAAUCGGUCCACUGUGCUGUUAUAGCUUGUUUUACAUUAAACUGUGAUACAACCAAAUCUCCACCUAGAAACAGUUCUAUUAUAAAAGCUACAGUAGAGAUACAAGAAUCAAGUUUAACUGUGGUGGAGGGUGGAUUAGCAGAAAUGGUGCAUAUCAAGUGUCCUAUAUCACCUGGUUUCUUCUGUGGUAAAUUAUCUGAUUGGAAACAAUGCUACAUUCUAAUCACCACUCAAAUCCAGACUUACAAAGAACUGAAAUGUCAGGAUGAGACUGUAACACAAGCUGUGAUUGGUUAUGCUGAUGAUAUGAUGCAUACACCAUGUGGUAUUAAAGUUACUUGGGAGAAUUAUGGUAGUAAAUUAAUGAUACCUGUUAAAGCUACUACAGAUAUGUUACGUGACAAGAAACAGAUACGUAAUCUUGAUAUACAUGCUGCAUGUUGGAAAGAAGAAACAGUCCUCACUACUAUAUCAAUAACUACAAUAGAGCUAACUAUUGAAGAUGUUGAUAAGAAAGCCUUAUGUAAAUCAGUUAAUGAUCCUCAUCUAACUACAUUUGAUGGCAGGAAAUACAACAAUUUCUUGGUUGGAGAAUUUGUUUUGUACAAGCAUAAAACACUUCCAUACGAGGUACAUGCUUUCUACAAAUCAUGUGGUAAAAAGGCCUCUUGUAAUUGUGGUGUGGCUGUCAGAUCUGGAGAUGAUAUCAUAGUUAUAGAUCGUUGUCAAGUGAAAGGCAGAAAACCAUUGAGAGUUCAGAUGUAUAUAAAUGGAGAACUAACAUCAGGGACAAGAAUGAUUCGAUACUCUGGUGGACGAAAAUAUAGGAUUUAUUUGCCAACAGGAACUCUUAUUACUGUCAAAGAUGGUAGAAAGAAAUUUAUUAAUAUCUGGGUGAAAGCUUCUUCUUCUGAUUAUCAACAAUCUAUGGGAUUAUGUGGAAGUUUUGAUGAUGAUAAAUCUAAUGAUUUGUUGAUGUCUGAUAUGACAGUAUCAUCUGAAACAGGAAAAUAUCCAAAUGAAUUCUCUAAUAGCUGGAGAGCAACUAGUACCUUUUACAAUGGUUUCUGUCCAGAGGACAUAGAAGGAGGCGAAUUUGAAAUGCCACAAUUCUGUCAAUGUACACAAAAUAUGGAUAGUGUAUGUAGCAAGGGCCUGGAUGUAAUUAAUUGUGCUGGUACAAAGAGUUCUAAAAAGAGAAGCUUCAGAAAAGGAGUUGAUGUAACAUCAACUUUUAUGGAAACAGCAAAGGUGCCAACUAAAUGUGUAUCACAGAUAACAACAGAAAUAUUUGAAUAUGAUAUCAAUUAUGUACAUGUGGAUGUAGAUUGGCCAACACCAAGUAAUAUAACAGAAGAACAAGCUAGAAUUAUCUGUACUAAUUUCAUGAGAACAACUUCUAUAGGAGCUAAAUGUCUGGAUUUAAUAGGAAUAGAUAUAGAUUUCAUUACAACUGUAGAAUCUUGCAUGGAAGAUAUCAAGGUAACAGAUGAUAUUGACUGGACAAAUACAGCUCUAGAAAAUCUCAAGAUCGAAUGUUUCUUUGAGAUCACAUUUAAUGUUGAAUUGUGGGUUACAGUAGGAGAUGUAUUUCAACCUAAUGUACAGAUAACAGAGGCAUUAUGUAUUAAUGAAUGUAGUAAACAAGGAAACUGUGUUGCUGGUGAAUGUAUUUGUAAUAGUGGAUAUGGUGGUGAAGAUUGUUCUAUAGAUUUAAGUAAACCACCAAUAUUAGACUAUAUAUUAACUGGUACAACAUGUAAUAUACUACUAGACAAGUGUAAUAUAGUCAAUAUAAUUGGUAGUGGUUUUAUAGAUAACAAUAAUCUCACUUGUCACUUUAACACAAUACAGAUUGGUGGUAAAUAUGACCAGCCUGAGAAUGAAACAAGAAUGCCAGCUAUAUUUGUUAGUUUUGAAGAAGUUAAAUGUGUAUUACCAGGCUAUGUAAAUGUCAAUAUAACUAUUAGUAAUAAUGGUAUAUUAGUCAGUGAAAUACCACUAACACAUAUAGUUUAUAAUCCUUCUUGUGAAGUCUGUACACCAUCUGCUUGUCAACCACGGGAUGAUAUCUGUACAAUAAAUAGUCAGUGUUAUGAAUGUGGACAGAUAUUUAAAGAUGAUCCAACUCUAUUCUGUGAUCCAGCUACCAAUAACACAAUGUGGACACAAAUUGAAGCUUCAAGCAUAAGCAUAAGCCGAUAUCCAUUUGAAAAUAUUGUUGAUUCUAUGCUGAAGACUCCAUCACUGGAUUGGGUAUUGACUGGAAAACCAAGUCUUGUAGAAGGAUUUGGAGGUGGAAGAGCGGUUCGUUGUAACGCUGGACAAGAAUCAGUACAAACUUCUAAUCUGCAUCCUAUUCUCUCUGCUCCAAACAACUGCUCCAAGGGAUUCACACUUAAAUUCUACAACAAAUUUGAGUCUUUCUGUGAGAACAUGUAUCUUAUAUCUACUGGUGGAGAUGUUGCUGAUUCUACAGGUAUCGCUGUCUAUUACCAGCGAAACCGUCUUCUAUUUACCGUCAGUACAGAAGACAAAGAAUGGACCAUUGUACUACCCUACAAGAAAUUGAAUGUAUUUGAGGAAUAUGAAGUCAGUUGGGAACGUGGAUUGGGAUUAGAAUUGAAAACUGGUGGAAAGAUUAGGAAAUCCAUGAAAUAUCUUCAACGAUUAACCCGAGGAAAGAAACAGAGUUCAUUGAGAAUUGGUGGUUAUAGAUCUGGUAGAGGAGAAUGUAAUGGUGUUUUUGUUUUUGGAGGUUUAGAAGUGUAUAAUGCCCAUACUACCGUUCUACAAACACUCAAUGUUAUAACAGAACUUCCUGCUAUAUUUGUAAAGCCAACCAUAAAUGUGACAUUUAACUCUGAUAGAAAUGUAACAGAAUUUAGAUGUCAGUUUACAAGACUGGAGAGAGGAGAUGUGGCUUAUAAACUUAAAUGGUUUAUCAGUGAUACAGAAAUUAAAAUGGAGAAGCUGACAACUGAAUCUGAGGGUAUUUUACUAGAAACUGAAUAUACCCAAUGGACAUAUGGUGUACAGGCGUAUUGUUUAGUUAUACCAUGUUUCUCAUAUGAUUGUGAUAAUACACAAGGAGCUGGUCAAUCAAGUGUACUCUUAGAAGCUGGUAUUCUGUAUUUAAAUCAAACCGAGAUAAAAUUAUAUGAAGGAGCCAUGACAUCUUUCAUCUAUUUACAAUCAACCGUACCUCCACAUCUACUGUGUCCUAUUGGUCAUGGAACAACUGGUGUCACCACUAUACAAACACAACUGACAGAUUUUACUGGUAAACGGAAACAAUGUCCUCAAGGAAAUCCAUUGUUUCAAGCUGUAAUUGGUACUUCUGGUGAUUCACAAUGUGAAUUUAGAAUUACAUCAAAUAACUGGAAUCAAAACAUGAAGUUACCAAUCCGUGCUACUAUUGACGGUGUUAUAGAUGGUAAUUCUAAAGGAAAGUUACUUAUAUCAUCUGAGACAAUAUGUGAUGGUAGUACAGAUACAACCAUAAAGCAAAUUACUGUUGUUGAUGUAGAUGUUAUAGAUAAAGAUAAAAAAUCUAUCUGUGGGUCAGUUAAUGAUCCUCAUAUGAGAACAUUUGAUGGCAGGAAAUACAAUAACUUUUUGGAAGGAGAAUUUGUUAUGUACAGACACACCACCAUGCCAUAUGAGGUUCGAACAUUCUAUCGUUCUUGUAAUGGUUUUGCUUCCUGCAAUUGUGCUGUGGCAGUUCGUGUUGGUGAUGAUGUCAUCUUGGUUGACAGAUGUGGUGCCAAAAAUACGGGAAAAAAGACACCUAUGAAAAUAACAGUAUAUAAAAAUGGAGAAAUGACUAGGGGAUUAAAGAUAUUAAGAUACAAAGGCUCCAAAUAUCAGAUUGUAUUACCUACUGGAACAACUGUUAGUAUCAAGUCUGGUGCUAAAUCUUAUAAAACUAAGUCUAAUUUUAUUAAUGUUUGGAUUAAAGCAUCCGCUGCUGAUUUUGAACACACACAAGGUUUAUGUGGUGUGUAUGAUGGAGAUGAUGACAAUGAUCUGCUUAUGUCAAGCGGAAAACUAUUUACAGAACGUAAAAAAUACAUCAACAAAUUCUCUGAAUCUUGGAGGGUAUCUAAAGAAGAGACAUUAUACAAUGGUUAUUGUCCAGAUGAUAAUGAUGAAGAUGAACCAGAACCUAUGUCUUACUGUAGUUGUCAGUCAAAUAAUUUAUGUGAAUUAGACAGUUAUAGAUUAGAUUGUCGUCCACCCAAUAAAAAAUCGGGCAAAUCUAGAUAUGUGGAUGUAACUGAUGAAAUCCUGAACUUAGCUGUUGAACCAAAUAAAUGUGUUACACCUGAUGAAAAAGAAAUCUUUGAAUAUGAAAUAGACUAUGUUCCCAAGGAACCUGUUUGGCCAACACCUAGUGGUUUAGAAGAAAAAGAUGUUAAAGCAAUAUGUGAGAAUUUUGUUGAGUCAUCUUUAGCUGUUAAAGAUUGUGCUGCUUUAGAUGGUGUUGAUUUUGAUCAUGCUCUAGAGUCUUGUAUAGAGGAUAUUCAGCUAUCUGAUGAUCGUGAUUGGGGCAAUGUUAUGUUAGAUAAUAUAAAAGAACAAUGUUUAGAAGUAAUAUCAGUAGAUAUAUCUUUAUGGUUUACUGUAACUGGUACACUACAGAUACCUAAUAUCUUCUCCAUUAUAUGUCCAUCUGAUUGUUCUGGUAGAGGAAAAUGUGUCCAAGGUAUUUGUGAGUGUGAUAAUGGUUAUAUUGGAGAUGAUUGUUCUGUAGAAGUUAACAAACCACCUGUUCUAGAAUAUAUAGAAGGUGGCAGAACCUGUAACUUGAUAGAAGAUGACUGCACCGAAAUUAAAAUUGUUGGAAGUGGAUUUGUAGAUGUUGAAAAUCUGACUUGUCACUUCACAUUAGUUGAGCCUAACUUACUAGAAGAGAUAUUUAUUACUACAGAUGAAAUAUUCACAUCUUCAGCUAUUUUCAUCAGUUCUGAAUCUGUUACAUGUCGACCAGGUAGAGAAGCAUCAUUCAGAGUCAGUAUUAGUAUUGAUGGUGUUACUAAAAGUGAAUCACUAAUCUUUGUGUCCUAUGAUCCUGUUUGUAUGACUUGUGACAAUGAUAGAUGUUUUAUUCAGGAAAAUAUCUGUGUGAUUGAUUCUAAAUGUUAUGCCAAUGGUUUUAUCAAUCCUAACAAUAGAAGUUUGAUAUGUAGGCCUGAAGUAUCAUUAACUGACUGGCAAAUAUUUAAAGUACAAGAAGUUACCAUUGAACGUUUUAUCUUCCUGAGAAUAAUCAAAAAUAUUCUUGUAACAUCAUCUUAUAACCUGACCAUAUUUGGUAACCCAAGCUUUAUACCUGGACCUGUAGGUGGAAAUGCUGUAUUAUUCACCAGUGACAAACACUACCUUGAGUUUACUAAUCAACAGAACUGUCUCGUGGAUUUAAAUCGUUGUCCAUUAGGUUUAACAGUGUCUUUUAAUUUACAAAUACAAAAGUUUGUUAAUAAAAUGUUGAUCAUGUCCAGUGAUGGAAUAACAAUGUGGUGGAAAGGUAACAGAUUAUAUUUACAGGUGUUGCUUGGCAACAAAUUAUGGGAUGUUAAGCCUAAAUACAACAAGAAAAAAAUAACAGGUUUUGUUAAAGUAGAAUUCAGUUGGAGUGAGCAAUUAGGUCUAAAGAUAUAUUUUGAUAAUAAAUUAGUGGACACUGAUAGAAAAUACAGACGGCUGAAAAAAGUACCUGAUCUGUUAAGAAGGUUACGUAUUGGAGGAGGUUUGUUUGCUAUAGCUGAUUGGAAUGUUGUAUUUGCUGAAAGAGAAAUUGUCAAGAAUUUUGAUCUAAGUAUUGAACCUCCAAUAUUAGAUUCAAGACCAGAAUUGGAAAUAAUAGUUGAUAAUGCAACCCAGGCUGUUAGUUUUGAAUGUAAAUUUAAAACUUUGAAUAAUCCCAGUAACUUAAAAUAUGCAGUAACUUGGUUCCAUAAUAAAGAUAUACUACAGCAAGUCCAAACAAGUUUUGUUGGUGAAGAAGGCAAGAUCACUCUUACAGAAGACAGAAUUAAUUCAUUAGAAAUCAAUGACAAGCUGUACUGUGCUGUAGCUGUUUGUAAAGAUGAUAAUUGUGGACCAUAUAGAGAGAGUAUAACCAUUGUAGCUAACAUGAAGCUUCACACUGAGAAACUGACAGUAUAUGAAGGUGGUUUAUUUAAUUAUAUUGAAGUCUCAUGCUCCAUACCACCUAGACUCUUCUGUUUAUCACAAGAUCGUGAUAGUUGUAAACUGUACAUUAGAACAGAAAUAGAACGCAAAAAGGAACAGAAAUGUCAAACAGGAGAAGAAAUUGUACAAGCAGUUUUUGGUGUACAGGAAUCUAAAGAGGAACAGCAACCAUGUUCUUAUUCCAUCACUUCUGCUAACUGGUUUAAUAAGCUACGUAUACCAAUAAAAGGCACCAUCGAUCAACUCAAAGAUCGCGAUCAGACACGUGAAAUUUAUGUAUCAGUACAGAUAUUUGCUGGAGAGCUACUCUACCAAUCUGCUAAAUUUGGCUCUGUUGAAUUGAAAGUUAAAGAUCGUGAUAAUCUGUCAUUAUGUAAAUCUUAUGGUGAUCCACAUGUAACCAGUUUUGAUGGAAAUAAACAUAACAACUAUUUGGAGGGAGAAUUUAUUAUGUAUCGACAUAAGACACUACCAUAUGAGAUUCGUACCUAUUUAAGAAGUUGUGGUAAAGCCUCCUGUAACUGUGCUAUAUCUAUUAAAUCUGGUGAUGAUGUCAUCUUCAUGAAUAGAUGUGCCAAUAGGAGGGGAUCUUUUGUACCUAUUCAACCAAAACUUUACUUAAAUGGAGAACUUACACCAGGCACCAAGAUAUUUAGACACCGAGGUGGCAAGAAAUAUAAGGUUAUGUUACCAACUGGUGGUAUUGUAACUAUUUCUCAUAAGAGAGGAAAAUAUUCUUCUUAUCUUAGUAUUUGGUUUAAGGCUUCUUCAUUGGAUUAUAUGAACUCAGAAGGUUUCUGUGGAACAUAUGAUGAUGAUAAAACUAAUGAUCUGAUGUUGUUAGAUGGUUCUCUAUUCCCUGGACGUUCUAAGAAACCACUAAGUUUCCUAUACAGUUGGAGAGUUGAAGAAGAGAGUAAGAGUAUGUUUAAUGGUAUAUGUCCUGAAGAAGAUAUGGAACUAACAGAUACUACACAAUAUUGUCAAUGUAUAGAAGAUAGUGAACCAAUGUGUGCUGUAGGUCUUGAUCUUAUUAACUGCAACUAUAAAAAAUACAAAAUGAGCAAAAAAGCGAGAGACAUCACAGAUUCUAUGAUCGAGCAAGCAAAUGAAGUACAACAUUGUCUACCCACCAAAGUAGAGAAACUAGAAUUCAAUCUCAACUAUACCUCUCCUGAUGUAUCAUGGCCAACGAAAAGUGGAAUAACAAAGACAGGAGCUAUGAAUCAAUGUAGAGAAUUUAUCGAAGCUAGUGCUAUCUUUUCAACAUGCCGUACUUUCAUAAAUCUUGAACUAUCCUUAGAAUCAUGUGUUGAAGAUAUUCAGAUAUUAGAUGAUACAGGAACAUUACCUAGUUUAUUUGAUGAUGUAAUGAUAACAUGUUUAGCUACUCUAGAAGUAGAUGUUAAUCUAUGGGUAAAUGUAGCAGGAAACUUCGGACCACCAUUAGCUGUAAUAGAUAUUAUUUGUCCGGAUGAUUGUAAUAAUCAUGGAAAAUGUCAACAAGGUGUAUGUAUAUGUAAUGAUGAAUGGAUAGGAACAUCCUGUGAUGUAAAAGCAAUAGAACCACCAGUAUUAAUAUCAAUAUCAGGUGGUAAUUUGUGUGAUAUUACCAGAUACGACUGUACAACAAUUACUAUAUAUGGAUUAAACUUUGUAGAAGUAUCAACUCUUAUAUGUCAAAUUACAUAUGGAGGGAGAACGAUGAAGACACCAGCUAUAUAUAUGGGGCCUGAAGUUGUUCAUUGUACUGUACCUGAAACGGGAAUCUAUGAUAUCAGUAUCAGUAACAAUGACCUCACAUUUAGUACAGUUUUGAAAUAUCAGGUGUACAACUCAUUAUGUGUCACAUGUGUAGGUGAUACAUGCUCAGAUCGGGAUGAUGUAUGUCGAAUUAAUGGGAAUUGUUAUGCUGAUGGUUUCUUCAACCCUGAAGAUGCAUCUCAAGUGUGCUCAGUAUUAAUAUCUAAAACAGACUGGACUGUUAUAAGAGUUGACCAGAUAGAAGAACAGCGUUUUACCUUUAAAGAGAUCGUGAACAACCUUCUGAUAACAACUGGAGGAAAUAUUACCAUUAAUGGUGACAUCAAACUACAGAACAAUGAAAGAGAAAAACUAGCUUUAGUUAUUGGAGAAGACAAUCAAUUCUUAGAUUUGACAUCGCUUGCACAUAAAUGCUUCCAUAGUCCAGAGAAGUGUGGUCUCGGAAUUUCCUUGUCGUUUUCUCUUAAGCUCAAAACCAUAAAAGAUAACUCUUAUCUACUGACAAACUGUGGAGAUGAAGAUGAUUCAACUGGUUUUGCAAUCUACUACAGGAAGAAAAGUUUGUAUAUCACAGUCAGCACCCAGAAACGCAAAUGGCAACUCAUCAGUUCCAAAAUUAAAACCAAAAAGUAUAAUGAUUUUGUUUUGUCAUGGAGUCAACAGACAGGAUUAAGUUUAUCAAUCAACGGGAAGAAAGACAAGAAGACGAAGCGAUAUGAAGAUAGAGAUGUACCCAAUCCUCGUAUUUGUAACCUAUACAUUGGUCGUCCACAAGUUCUAGGAAUCUUCUCUGAAUUUGAAUUAGAAUUGUGGCAGACGGUAUUUGCUGCUCAAGAAGUUAUAGAAAAAUUGGAUGUUAUUGUUGGUUAUCCCAAACUACCAAGUGUACCGAAAGUGACAGUAGAAAUGAUAGAAGGAGAUAUUAAUAUUAUGUGUCAGUUUGAAUUAAUAAAAGGUUAUGAUGUGGAAUAUACAGUAGAGUAUUUAAUGGGAGAAACUGUUCUGUUAAAAGAUACACUGAAAGAUGGUAGAGUUCCCAUACUCACUAAAGCUCUGAUAAAUAACAUUAAAUCAGGUGAUAAGUUACAUUGUUCAGUAACAGCUUGUUUUAAAGAUGAUUGUAAACCUAGCACUGGUCCAGCUAUAACAAGUGUUGAAGUACAACUAGGUAUUCAGAUCCUUACAGAAAAACUGACAAUUUAUGAAGGCUCUUCCAAUGAAAUGAUCUCUUUCAAGAGUAAUAUACCUCCAUCUUUCUUCUGUCCAUCUGAUGAACUUGAGAAAUGUGAAGUAAGAAUAGAAGCCAGUAUCCGUGCGGCUAAGAAAAGGAAAUGUCCUGAUAAGAGAGUCAUCUCACAAGCUGUUAUAGCAUGGACUGGAGAGGAAGGUGCUGUUCCAUUCUGUGGUGUUACACUCAGUAAAGAGAAAUGGCAGGAAGAACAUGUGAUUAAGGUUCGAGGUGUUGUAGAUGGAUUAAAAGAUAAAGAUCAAGAUCAAGUGGUGGAUAUUACUGCAUCUGUUAUGAUUAGUGGUGUUAGACGAACAACAAUAGAAAUUGGACAAGUGCAAAUAAAGAUUAAAGACAGUGAUAAAGAAUCAACUUGUAGAUCCAUUAAUGAUCCUCAUAUAACAACUUUUGAUGGCAGAAAAUACAAUAAUUUCUUUGAGGGGGAAUUUGUAUUGUACAAACAUAAGACAUUGCCAUAUUCUGUUCAUUCUUUCUAUCGAGCAUGUAAUAAUAAAAAACAUAGAACAGCAUCAUGUAAUUGUGCUGUAGCAGUUAAGGUAGACGAUGAUGUAAUUCUCUUGGAUAAAUGUGGUGCUAAAAGAACAAGUCAACGUUAUCCAUUAAAUAUCAAACUUUAUCAAAAUGAGGAAUUGACAGAAGGCUUUAUUAUAACUAAAUAUAAAUCUAAUAAAUAUAGGAUAUAUUUACCUAAUGGUGUUAAAGUAAUUGUAAAAACAUCUAAACGUAAAAGUUUAAUUAAUAUUUGGAUUACAUCGACUGGUGGUGAUACUGGUAAUAUAGAAGGUUUAUGUGGAAACUUUGAUGGCGAUUCUAGCAAUGAUUUAGUGAUGUCAGAUGGUAUAGUAUCACAAGAAAAGGGCAAAUAUCCAGAUAUAUUUACACAAUCCUGGAGAGUAUCGUCGAAAGAAACACUAUAUGAUGGAUAUUGCGGCAAGUCAGUUGUAGAUCUAAAAGCUCCUAUAUUCUGUGAUUGUAUGUAUGGAGCUGAUGCUGUCUGUUCACCUGGACUAGAUGUCUUUGACUGCAACAAAAAAUCCAAAGGAUCUAGAAGAGAAAAGGAUAUGACUGCUGAACUUAUGACAAAAGCCACAACACCAUUGAAGUGUGUCUCGACUGAACCAGCAAUACCGUUUGAAUUUAAUAUUACCUAUAUUCAUCAGAUUGUUGACUAUGGUAUAACAUUUGAUCAAGCAGGAAAUUAUUGCAAGAAUAAACUAUCACUUAUACCUUCUGCUAAAGAUAUAGAAACCAUAUUAGGUAAAGAUAAAGUAGAAGCAUCUGUAAUGCUAUGUGUAGAAGAUAUCAUGUUAACUGGAGAUUUUACUUGGGUAGAUGUAUUAUUAGAGAAUGUAAAACAACAAUGUUUAUUAAAGAUAGAAGUUGAUGUAGAUCUAUGGGUAGAGGGUGAAGAUGGUACACCUAAAUUACCACCAGUUGUAGAUCUUAUCUGUCCUAAUGAAUGUAGUGGUAAUGGUACAUGUGUUGAAGGUUUAUGUGUUUGUAAUGGAGAUUAUACUGGUGAUGAUUGUUCUGUAUUACCUGCUAUACCACCUAUGUUAAUUAGUUUUGCUGGUGAUAUGCUGUGUAAUUUACAUCAAACUAACUGUUCUACUGUAACUAUAUAUGGUCUAGGAUUCUCACCAUCCAAUCAACUCACAUGUAAAUAUCAAAGAUUAACUAUGGAUAAGUUUGAAGUAACAAGUGAUACAGCAGUAACAAGUUUAGCUAUAUUUAAACUAGAAGAACAGAUAGAAUGUAUAUUACCAGAUAAUGAAUUUAGUUAUUCUAUCAGUGUUAGUAACGAUGGUAUAACAUAUAGUACACCACUCAACUUUAUUAGAUAUAACUCCAUUUGUCAGACAUGUACUAGCAAUGGCUGUCAAGAUAGAACUUCUAUAUGUAGGAUUAACAAUGUGUGUUAUGAAGAUGGAUUCUCUAACAAAGAUAAUGAACAAGAAAUCUGUCAGAUUGAUUCAAGCAGCACACAAUGGCCAGUUAUAAAAGCAACUGAUGUGAAAGUUACGAGACUAGAUUUUGUAGAGGUUGUCAGCAAUGUAUUAGUUACAAAAUCAUUCAAUCUUACAUUGAUUGGCUCACCAAAAGCUGAUGUGGGACCAUUGGGUGGUUUAGCUGUUCUAUUAGAUGGUGCUACCCAAUAUAUCAACGUAGGUGACAAAUCAACAGAAUGUAUGGGUGAUCUUCUUAAAUGCAAACUUGGUCUAACCAUAUCAUUUAGAGUUAAAUUCCUUGAAUUCAAAGAGAAAGCAGUAAUCCUCACUAAUGGUGCAGAAAUUCCUGAUAAAUAUGGGUUAGUUAUGUGGUUACAAAAUGGCCGGGUUAAUUUGCGUGUGAACACAAAAGAGAAAGAAUGGACAUGCUCUACAAGUAAAUUCUCCAUCAAUGUGUUUAUGAAUGUGAAACUAUCAUGGAGUCAACAACUCGGUCUCAAGUUUUACCUAGAAGACAAGAUGGUGUGUAAAACAGAACGGUAUAUAACACGAACCAGGAAAGAUAUAACAGUUUCAACAACGUUCAAUAUCGGCAGCCCGGUUGAAGUUGGAGAAUUUGAGAAGGCUAAGAUGUCAGUUGAAGGAUUAAAUGUUGCUUAUGCAACACAGGAAACCACAGAGAAACUCAACGUUUUAACAGUUCUGCCAAUAUUUGAAAAAGCACCUAAAGUCUCUAUUAUUAUCGACAAGACCAACCCCAUGGCAGCCAUAUCAUUAAACUGUAGUUUUGAGCCAUUAGAUAUUGAAGGUGUACAAUAUAGAGUUAAAUGGUAUCAUGGUAAAGAUAACGUUAUAAGUGAAUCUCUCAUAAAUGAAACAUCAAGCAUACUUCAGGAAACCAGUCUACCACAGUUGAAAUAUGGUGAUGCUAUUGAAUGUAGUGUGUCAGUUUGUUAUAUUAGUGAUUGUGAUCAAACUACUGGUCCAGAGAGAAAGAGUGAACCCAUCACAGCAACAUUACAGGUAAUGACUAAAGAAAUAACAGUUUAUGAGGGUGGUAUGGAAGAAUAUUUAUCUGUAACAUGCCUGUUCCCUCCAAGACUAUUCUGUCCUGCUUCUAGUAACUGCACCUUUAAGAUCACUUCAUUCUUCAAAUUGGUUCGACGUGAAAUCAAAUGUGCCGACAGACGUCAAGUACCUCAAGCUUUGAUUGGCUGGACUCAGGAAAAUGAGAACAAAUUCUGUGGUGCUCUUAUCACACCCUUUAAUUGGAUUUCUGGUGUACGUAUUCCAGUCAAAGCUGCCAUUGAUUCACUGAAAGAUAAAGACCAGACACGAAUUUUAGAUGUUAUGGCUCACGUAAUGGAAAAUGGUCAAAGUAUUUUUAUACAAACAAUGUCUACAGUUACGGUUAAGAUUAUAGACAGAGAUCAAAUAGCAAUGUGUAGUAGUACUGGUGAUCCACAUAUGAAAACAUUUGAUGGACGAAAAUAUAAUAACUUCCUAGAAGGAGAAUUUUUGAUGUAUCGUCACAAGACCCUACCAUAUCAGGUUCACGGUUUAUAUAGAAGCUGUUUGAAUAAAGCUGCAUGUACCUGUGCUGUCGCCAUUAGAUCGGGUGAUGAUGUCAUAGUUGUUGAUCGCUGUGGUCCCAGUCGUGGAGAACCUAACAGAAAGACCCCGGUAACCAUCAACCUGUACAUGAAUGGUGAACUUACUCCAGGAACCAGGAUUCUCAGAUAUCGAAAUGGAAAAAAGAUAAAGGUUAUGCUACCAACAGGAGGAUAUGUUACCAUCAAAAAGUCAAAAGCCGUAGGAGGAAGAUAUCUUGAUGUCUGGUUCCGUGCGUCUGCUAUAGAUUAUGAACAGACAGAAGGAUUAUGUGGUACCUUUGAUAAAGAUAAAACCAAUGAUUUAGUGAUCAGACAGACUGGAGCACUAUUUACCGAGAGAACCAAACAACCAACAGAGUUCUCUAGAAGCUGGAGAGUAUCAGUUGAAGAAUCUAUGUACACUGGAUAUUGUACAACAGAAACACCCAAGCUCACACCUCAAAUGACUUUCUGCAGUUGUCAAGAUACAACAGAAACCUGUGAUAUUUUACCUGAACACACGUCUUGUGCUUCUGUUGCAAAGAAUUCUAAAAGAGGUAAAGAUAUUACAGAACAGUUAUUAUUAGAUACAGAAACACAGAAUCCUCCAGAAAAAUGUCAGACUAAACAAACACUAAAGAUAUUUGAAUAUGAUAUAAAUUAUAUAUCACAGACAUUUAAUUGGCCGACACCUACUAAUAAAACCGAGAUUGAAGUAGCUAAGACAUGUAGAAAUAUAAUAGAGAAUACAACAUCUGGUUUAGCAUGUAAACAAGUUAAAGGCCUUCAAAUAACAGACAGUAUAGAAAUCUGUAUUGAGGAUAUUAAGAUUACAGAUCUGAUUGAGUGGGCUGAAUCCGCUGCUGAUAAUUUUAUACAAGAAUGUAGAACUGCUAUAGAAUAUAAUGUUGAACUAUGGGUUAAUGAAACUGUAAAUGGACAAGAAGUAAUUAUACCACCACCAGAUAUUAUAGAUAAAUUAUGUCCUGGCGACUGUAAUGGACACGGUAAAUGUGAAAAUGGUGAAUGCAUAUGUGAUGAUGACUACAGUGCUCCAGAUUGUUCAGUGAGUCUAACACAGCCACCUACAGUUUAUAGUACAGCUAGACCAUUAUGUGAUAGUCGUCUGUUUAACUGUAGUCAAAUAUCUGUGUUUGGAGAAUCAUUCUUAGACCUAAAUACACUUAUCUGUAAACUUAAAUUAAUAGAGAAAUCGGGAACAUCAUUUACAGUGACUAGUACGAGUCUAGAUGUUUCAGCUGUAUUUAUCAGUGAUGAACAGAUCAUAUGUAAUGUAGAUAAACCAGAUAUAUAUGAAGUAGCUGUCAGUAACGAUGGUCAACUUGUCAGUGCUAGAUCAAUUCGUACAAUAACAUUUGAUUCUAUUUGUUACAUUUGUACAGAAGAUGGAUGCACUCUGAAGUCUGAUGUAUGUGAUAUAGAAGGUAGUUGUUAUGGUGAAGGUUUCAUUAACCCUGUAAAUACACUGGAAAAAUGUAGUGGUGGAAUAACAACAUGGGUACCAAUUACAAGAAAUGAAAUAAUGUUAUUUAACUUUUACUUCAUGAACAUUGUAAACAAUAUCCUGAUUACUACCACUACCAACUUGACCGUAUUUGGUAAUCCGGUCUUAGUACCUGGUAAAAAUACUGAUAUGGCGAUACAAUUGAACGGUAUAGAUCAGUACAUCAAAUUUACAGAUAAUAUACCUCCAUGUCUGAUAAACCCAGAAAAUUGUUUACUUGGAAUGACUGUUUCCUUCAACUUAAAAGUAACAGGAGUAAAAGAGGAUAUGUACAUAUUUACAAAUGGAGGUGAUUUGGUCAACAGUUAUGGCAUAGCAAUGUGUUACCGUAGAAACCGUUACCAAGUUACAAUCAGUACCCAAACUAAAGAAUGGACUGUUUUUACAACAGAUAUAAAACUCAACAUCUACAUUUCUAUAGAUAUAUCAUGGAGCAUCCAAUCUGGUUUGACACUUUAUCUUGAUGGCGAGAUGGCAGCAGAAACAGCUAAAUUUAUCCCCCGUAAUGUCACUGAAACCAAGACUCCAGAUUUUAUCAUUGGAAAAGCUGCAGAAGUUGAUGAUUUUGCUAACGUCUCUAUCAGUGAAUUAAAGGUUAUUAAUUCUACCCGACCUGUUGCAAAAGCUCUGAAUAUUGAGGCAGAAGAAGGAACAACUGUAGCUCCAACAGAAACAACUGAAAAUAUCACAGAAACAACACCUACAAACCAAACUGAAGCAACUACAGUCGCAACAACAGAAAAUGACACAGUCAGUACACCUGAAACAACUGAAAAUGUCACGGUCACAACACCUGAAACAACUGAAAAUGACACAGUUACUACACCUGAAACAACUGAAAAUGACACAGUCACAACACCUGAAACAACUGAAAAUGUCACAGUCACAACACCUGAAACAACUGAAAAUGUCACAGUUACUACACCUGAAACAACUGAAAAUGACACUGUCACAACACCUGAAACAACUGAAAAUGUCACUAUACCUGAAACAACUGAAAAUAUCACAGUUACUACACCUGAAGCAACUGAAAAUGGCACUGUCACAACACCUGCAACAACUGAAAAUGACACUGCCACAACACCUGAAGUAACUGAAAAUGUCACAGUCACAACACCUGAAAAUGUCACAGUCACAACACCAGUAACUACUCCUGAGACAACUAAUACAAGCCCAGAGACCACUGCUGACACAUCUCAAACAACUGUAGAGACAACUGCUGCUACCACUGCUGCUACCACUGCUUGCAUAUCUGCAGCAGAUAGUUAUCCUAAAAUGCCCGGUGCUCCAGCUCUAAAUUAUGAUUUAAAUGGUGAUAAACUAUCAUAUAUAUGUAAACCACAGAAAGCUAGUGAAGAGGGUGUUGUUUAUGGUAUAAGUUGGAUGGUUGGUGAUACUACAGUUAAACAAGAAGAUAUAAUAACACAAGAAUCACAUGUGUUAGAUUAUAAAGAUAUAACUAAUACAACAGCUGUUUUAUCUAAUGGAAUAUCAUGUCAAGUGACAGCUAGUAAUCCUAAACGUUGUACAGUAGAAACAAGUCCACCUUUAGCUAGUAUUCCAGUAACAUUCUCUAAACAGGUUGUUAAAACUCAAGACAUGGUCCUGAUAGAAGGUGGUGACGCUCAAGAUGUUACUAUAACAUUCAGUAAACCUGUAGAUUAUUAUUGUCUACUCAAAUAUCGUCAAACUUGUACAAUUUCAUUCGAAGCCAAAUUAAUUAGAGGAACUAGACCAAAUAAAUGUCUUAGUGGACAACUGAUUAACACUGUUGUAGUUGGUUACCCUGGUGAACUGGCUUCUGCUUCCUGUCGCACUCCAAUCAAAGGAAGCUCAUUGGUUCAUACCAUGUCACUGACGGCCAUUUCUGAUCGGCAGUAUAAGGCUUCUGAUCUAGAAAACGAAGUAGAAAUAAUGGAACAUGUUACUCAUGGAGGAACUGAAUCUUCAGAAUUGAUUGAAAGUUUUAAGGUAUCUGUUAAGAGUGUUGAUUUAAGAUCAACGUACUGUAAUUCAGUUGGUGAUCCACAUAUUAAAACAUUUGAUGGAAAAACUUACGAUAAUAUGAGAACUGGUGAAUUUAUUUUAUAUCAACAUACGACGAUGGAUGUAGAGGUUAGAGGUUUUUAUGUAGAGACAGGUAAAGGUAGUAGUGGAUGUGGUUAUACUAUAAGAUCAGGUGAUGAUGUGUUUAAAAUUAGUAAAUGUGAACUACAAGAUGAUGCUGAGUCUUUUCCCUUUAUACCACAACUGUUUGUUAAAGGUGACAUGUCUCCUAGUACUAAAAUAUAUCAAGAACAAGGUGGACAGAAAUUUAAGAUAAUCCUUCCAUCUGGUACUAAAGUUAUAAUAAGGAAUGAUGAUAAACAAACAAUGAAUAUAUGGAUUGUACCUUCGGGUAAAGAUUUCGGCAAGGUCAAAGGUUUAUGUGGUAACUAUAAUGGUAAUGAUGCUGAUGAUUUAACAGGACAAGAUGGUACACUAUAUACCAUGGUUGACAAAACUGAUGUUGAUGAUGCUUUUAUUUUGACGUGGAGAGUUGUUGAUAGUCAGAGUAAUUAUAAUGGUUAUCCAGGAACUGUCAAUAUGGCUACACCUAUAUAUUGUAAUUGUUAUAAUGAAGAAGAAUCAGCUUGUGGUUAUUUCUAUGAUGUAGAUGAAUGUGGUGUCACUACAAAUGGUGAAGAUAUAACCCAACGACUAGUAACAGAAUCUAUAGCUGCUCAACAAACACCAACCAGACGUAAACGUGCUACAACUAGUUUUACAUAUGAUCCUAACUUUAAUGCUGCUGCUACAGCUACCUGGCCAACUGCUUCUGGUGUAACUGAAGCUAAAGCUAAUGAAUUAUGUACCAAUAAAGUUAGAUCAGCUAAAUCUUUUGAAAUUUGUUCUAACUUCUCAGCUGAUGCAUAUGCUGUAGAAAUAAGUAACUGUGUUAGAGAUAUCAAGUUGACAGAUGAUAUAUCAUGGGCUAAUAGAACAUUAGCAGAUAUACAAGAAAAAUGUGAGAUUAAUACGCUACAAGAUCCUACUACAUGGGUAGAUAACAAUCCUACUGAUCCAACAAAACCUCCAUCUUUACCCGCUGCCUUGGUUAGUACCUUCUGUCUCAAUGAUUGCAGUGGUGCUGGUACCUGUAAUAAUGGUGUAUGUAGCUGUACUCCAGGAUCAGAUGGACCUGAUUGUUCUAUAGGUGUUAAUAUAGCACCAACAGUCUUACCUGAUAGUAAUACAGUAUGUACUAUAACAUCAGCAUGUAAUCAAACAUUAAUAACCGGUGAUAACUUUGUUAAAGGAAACAAUUUGAUAUGUCACAUGGAAGAAAUAGAGAUUGAUAGUACAGGAAUAAUAAAUAGAGGUACUAUACAUACUACUACAGCUGUUUAUAGAAGUUUAUAUGAAGUUCAAUGUCCUAUGCCUGACAGUAAUAAGAGAAGUUAUGCUAUACGUGUUAGUAAUAAUGGUCGAGAUAAAUCACUUAGAGAAGCUAUAUACAGUGUAUAUGAUUCUAGAUGUACAUCUUGUACAGUUAGUUCAACAGAUUCUACAGCUACCUGUACUGUUAAGCCGUUGAUAUGUAAGAUAGAUAAUGUAUGUUAUAAUAAUGGUGAUAGUAAAACUGGUGAACCAUGUUCUAUAUGUAAUGUAGAUUUAUCAACAACUACCUGGUCCAGUACUGGAGCAUCUGGUUGUUCAUCAAUAGCACCACCUAAAUCAACAACAACAGAAAAACCCUUUGUAUCUAAUAGUGAUAAUAUGGAGUUUAAUUCUAGAACAGUUAUUAUAGCUGUUGGUGUUAUAGCAGGCUGCAUGUUAUUACUGAUAAUUAUAGUAGCAGUUGUUAUUUACAAAAGAACAAUUGCUUCAAAGAAAAGACGUAGCGAUUCAUCAACAGAAUCAGACAGUAGAGUAUAUGAUGGUUUCUAUGGUUUACGUACAGAAAAGACCAUGACAUUACGAACAAGUAGAAAUUUUGAUAGAGAAAGUAUAUGAUGUGAUGAUUCUACUGGAUGCAAAAUUAUCUUAAAAUUGCUAUAAUAUGUCCUAUUAUUGUUUUGUUACUGUUUAUAAAAUCAAUUUAUGACAAAUUAUUUACUUCAUUAUUCACUUCUUUAUUACUAAUAACAUCACCUUCCAUAUUCAUCAAUAUUCAUAUAUGUUUUAUAAUAUAGAUAAAGUUGAAUAUAUUUUUAUAUGAUAACCUUGAAUAGAAAUCCUUUUAUUUUUAUACCAUGUUUGUGUUUAUUAAAUUUAAGAUUUGUGUGAUUUUUUUUUUACUCAAUCUAAAUGGCAGUAUAAUAAACCUUAUAGAAGUAUUAAGCUGAUGGGAGUAGCUCAAGGCAAUAAUUAUAAUGUCUUUCUUUACCACAAUAAUAUUCAAAUAUAUACAUGGAAAAGUUAUGACAAAUAUGCCUAUUUGAAAUAAGGGUCAUGAGACAUGUGUCAUUAAUAAUGUUAUUUGAAUGUACUCUAUAGCCUCUUAUAAUAGUGGUUUCGAAUCCCCGGUUGUACGUGGCAAGGAGUAGGGUCGCCUGUCCAACCUCGUGGGUUUUCUCCGAGUCCUCCGGUUUCCUCCCACUGCUAAAGACCCCUACGCGCAAGCGAAUUAUGUAAAUAAAAUUAAACCAUACGUUAGUCCCAAAAUGACCUAGUUUGUGUCGAGUGGACGUUAAACCCCAUUUCUCUCUCUCUCCCUCUUAUAAUAUAUAUAUGUUUGUGCCAGUGAAUAAAGUCUUUCUGAAAUUCAAUUCGAAUAUUAAAAUGUAAAUUUAAUUUAAGUAUUUUAAACAAAAUGUUUGUUGCUGGCUAAAUGUGCUAGUUUUAUAUUUUUUGAAAUCGUGAGAUUCAUAUAUUUGUUAUCACUUUAUACAUUCCUAAAUAUAUUUCUGUUAUAUUUUACAACUUGAAUAAUAAAGAUUCAUUGCACAAAUA